AUGUAUGAUAACAAUUCCGGCUUCAAACCCAUCGAUAACCUCAAUUUUUAUCCAAUAUCGGGCGAUUGGUACCGCACAGCAGAUGAUCCUGUCGACCCAUAUACCGGGUUCAACACUGAAGACGGUGGCUUCAAGGUCUAUCUUUCUAUGGAGCCGGCAUCGCCCGUGGGAUGUGCCAAGCAGUAUCAGUUUUGUAAUGCUGAAUUCCCUGGAACUGAAGGGUGUGGACCUCUGACAAGCCUCCGAGAAGCCGUAGUUGGUGUUGCCCCGUUCUACAACACAACUUACGAAGAACUGAAAAGAUUCUACUAUAUCGGAAAUGCUAGUUCUGCACAGGUCGCUCGCUUUGACUACUUUACUAGCAUGUUCUUUGGCACUCUCAAGUCUUUUGACGCAAUGCUAUCGACUCUAGGCUCGGCGGGCCUACUAUCGCAGAGAACAGUCUACGAGGGCAUACAAUUAUCAUUGCCCACGAAUCAAUGGCAGCUUGACAUGAAACACCUGUGGGAUAUUUCGAUGGCAUCUAUCCAAGCUGAGGCUAUCCGACAUGCGUACGGACCGAUCAAUGGGGCUGUACCCUCGGCCUGGAUAAACUUCACCGGGCCAGCACUGGGUAAACUGUGUAAUAACCAGAAAAUUCGGAGCACGGCAUACGGCUCGUUUAGUCUCUUCGGUCUCUACUUUGUCUUGGUUGUGGGCAUCAUCAUCAUCCUAACUUCAUAUCUACUGGAGCCAGUGUCUUCCCUCCUUCACAAGAGAUGGGGAUACAAACAGUACUCUCACCUUGAAUGGACAUCGAACUCGAUAUUACAGCUCCAACAAAACGCGCAAGAGGCUGUAGGCCCUGGCACCUUGACGACAGGCGUCAAAGUUGCGCCGGCAAGAAAGUCGAACGAAAGGUUGAACUGCCUCAAUCCAACAGAUGUCUCCCGUUCUUCUUUGCAGUUGAUCAAAAGGACAGAAAGACCACGAUCAAUUAGGACAUCUGAGGAGCCUGAAGUUGAUAUAUCAGAUGCUUCGGCAUCAAGUCUUCGCGAGACACUCAAUACCAUCCCAAUGAGUGUUCUAGAGAGCCAAGCAUAUCAUAUCGAAGGACGUGCAAGGACUCCCUAUGGCACCUUGGACUCAUCCACGACUCUGGCUUCGGGGAGCAACACAGGCUCCUCCUCAAUGCCGGAUAGCGCCUUGGGCGAAACGAGCUCUUUUCGUUCACAGCAAAUGCCAAUCCAAGAGUCAGAAGCGCCACAGAUUCUAGAUCGUUUCGAUUUUGAAAGAGAAGUCCCUCCACGGGGGUACUUUGCCAGUUAUCUAUAG